AUGUCGCUCUCCAACAAGCUUUCCAUCUCCGACGUCGACCUCAAGGGCAAGCGUGUCUUGAUCCGUAACAUCACCAACAACCAGCGUAUCGCCGGUGCCGUCCCUACCAUCAAGUACGCCGUCGACAAUGGCGCCAAGGCCGUUAUCCUCAUGUCCCACUUGGGCCGUCCCGACGGCAAGGUCAACGAGAAGUACUCGCUGAAGCCCGUUGUCGCUGAGCUCGAGAAGCUCGUCGGCAAGAAGGUUACCUUCACCAAGGACUGUGUCGGUUCCGAGGUCGAGAAGACCGUCAACGACACCAAGGACGGUGGCAUCAUCCUUCUCGAGAACCUGCGUUUCCACGCCGAGGAGGAGGGCAGCAGCAAGGACUCUGAGGGCAAGAAGGUCAAGGCCGACAAGGCCAAGGUCGAGGAGUUCCGCAAGGGCCUGACCGCUCUUGGUGACGUCUACAUUAGUGACUCCAUGGUCGGUGUCGACCUUCCCCAGAAGGCCUCCGGUUUCCUCGUCAAGAAGGAGCUCGACUACUUCGCCCAGGCUCUUGAGAAGCCCCAGCGUCCUUUCCUUGCCAUCCUCGGUGGUGCCAAGGUCUCGGACAAGAUUCAGCUCAUUGACAACCUCCUCGGCAAGGUUGACAGCCUCAUCGUCUGCGGUGGUAUGGCUUUCACCUUCAAGAAGACCCUUGAGGACAUGAAGAUCGGUAACUCGCUCUUCGACGAGGCCGGCAGCAAGACCGUCAAGGACCUUGUCGAGAAGGCCAAGAAGAACAACGUCAAGAUUGUCCUUCCCGUCGACUUCAUCACCGCCGACAAGUUCGACAAGGACGCCAACACCGGCAAGGCCACCGACAAGGAGGGUAUCCCCGACGGCUGGCAGGGUCUCGACUGCGGCGAGGAGUCGAUCAAGCUCUUCAAGGAGGCCAUCGACGAGGCCAAGACCAUUCUGUGGAACGGUCCCGCCGGUGUCUUUGAGUUUGAGAAGUUCGCACACGGCACCAAGGCCACUCUGGACAACGCUGUUGCCGCUGCCCAGGCCGGCAAGGUCGUCAUCAUCGGUGGUGGUGACACUGCCACCGUCGCCGCAAAGUACGGCGUCGAGGACAAGCUCAGCCACGUCUCGACCGGUGGCGGUGCUUCGCUCGAGCUCCUCGAGGGCAAGGAGCUUCCUGGUGUCACUGCUCUCUCGAGUAAGUAA